AUGGAGCUCACAGAAAUGCGUCCGGCGCCGAAUCCUGGAGACAUAGUGACGCUGCCAAUGGUGGAUAGGGAAGAAGCUAAACAAGUGGUAUCUGGCAUUUUGGAGGAAAUCCUGAGCAAUGUGAAAGCUCGGCCUCCAGUGUACACGGGAUUCAACAGUUAUAGAUACUACGACGACUGUGGUAUCAUGAUGUAUCCCCAAAUGCCACCUCUGCUGAUUCAGAAGAACAACCUGGACGAGCUGGUGCUGCGGCCGGGGCAGCGCUACAGCCACACCAUGACGUACGUGUUCAGCGCGCUGCCGCGGCCGCCGGCGCGCAAACGCCGCCGCUUCGGCCGCCAGCGCCCGUUCAAGAGGGCCUCCGAGCUCAUGAUCGACCACUGCAGCGCCGCCAGCUCCCUCGAAGGCAGCAAGGCCUCCUUCUCGGAGCUGCUCGACAUCUGCUCCGUCCACACGUCUCUGGCCUCCAUCUGAAGGACGCGGGCCGGCCUGCUGGUUGUCGCACGACCAUCUGUUUUUGUUAUUUUAUUUUUU